AUGUCAGGAAGAGGAGGAAAAUUGGUCAUUACAACUACAGCAAUAAUAACGUCGAUUUAUUUUGGAAUAAAUUUUUGGAAACCAAUAAUUAUUGAACAAUUAGAGAAAGAUGGAAACUUGAGAAAAGAUAUUGAAAUCGACCACAGGAAUUCUAAUACUGCUGGUAGUGAAGCCAUUGACCAACCUAAAUCAUGGCAAGAUUUACGACAAAAAAUCAAUGCUGUGAUUGAUCCAGAAAAGAAUUUUACAGCUGAAGAUCAAAAGGGCUUGCAACGAUUGAAAGAUCGUUUACAGAGUAGUAAUCCUAAUGGUAGUUCCAAUGAUGAGAAAUAG